GAGAGAGAGAGAAAGAGAGGAUUCCUCGUCAUCGUCGAUCGCGCUCCCGGUCGUGCCGAGUCUCGCGCGAGUUGUUGCCGCGAGUGCGAAGAUUUUCGGCCGGCGCGCUCCUCGCGCGGGAUAGGAGUCGCGACAACCGGAUGAGAUUCCGCUUCUCGAAGAGAUCGCGGGAGUGCGGCUCGUGGCAACGUGUGCGAGAUACGAGUGUACGUCGGGCGCGCGCGCGUGUCCGUGCGUACGCGCACGUACGUGCCCCGCCUGAGAGGAAGGAAGAGAGAAAGAGAGAGCGAACGCGGCGUAUCCGCGGGCGCGUAUUUGUCGGCGCGCACGUUGAGAGUGCAUCGCGCGCGCGAGCGUGCGUGCGAGCGAGCGAGCGAGCGAGAGGGAGGGUGGAUGCAUGCGUACGCACAUGUGCACGGUGUGCAACCAUCACCGGCAGUAAUGAGGGGGUAAAUCGGUUCGGACGCGCGCCACUCUGUCUCUCUCUCUCUUUCUCCCCACCUCCCCAUCUCUCUCUCUCUCUCUCUCUCUCUUUCCCUCGCAGUAAGAUCCUCGCAGAACACGCAGCGAAAGAAACGGAUGGUUUUCAGACGAACGGCGAUAACGAGGGCACCGCCGGGAACUCAGUCAAUUGGUACCGCGCGUCGUCGGCGAACGAUGAUAUUUAACUGCGGACCGCGUGCCACACAGUGACAGCCGGCGUGGAGGCAAGGGGAAGACCGGAAGAGACCGUCGCCAGACCGCAGACGGAGCCAGAAGUCGGAGGGAUGGUGGUUUGAGAUCGGCGAGAGACGACACCGGGAAGGCGACGCACGUGAGAGCGACUCUCUGACAGACCCUCCCCUCCCCCACGAGGUGAAUAGACACAACGAUGGUAGAUACACAACAUUUUUGUCUGCGAUGGAACAAUUACCAGAGCAGCAUAACCUCGGCGUUUGAGAACCUGCGGGACGAUGAGGACUUCGUGGACGUGACGCUGGCCUGCGACGGCAAGAGCCUCAAGGCGCAUCGCGUCGUUCUCUCCGCCUGUAGUCCGUACUUCAGAGAAUUGCUCAAGAGCACGCCGUGCAAGCACCCAGUGAUAGUGCUCCAGGAUGUAGCGUUCAGCGACUUGCAUGCCUUAGUGGAGUUCAUUUAUCACGGCGAGGUGAACGUACAUCAGCGUUCUCUCAGUAGUUUUCUGAAGACGGCGGAGGUCCUCAGGGUAUCGGGCCUCACGCAGCAGGCCGACCAGACCGACAGAGAUGAGCUGUCGCAUGUCCGCGCGUUGGCGGCCGGCGGCAAUCACCUGCCGUUCCACGACAAGUCGGAGGAGACCUUCCCUCGCGGCGGCUCGCCCACGCCCGUGACCCCUACGCCGACCACGGUGCAGCAGCUACUGCGCCGUGCCCAGAUACGCCGGAACGAGAGACGCACCCCGGACCCGCACGACGAGUCGGUGAAGAGACCGCGGGUGCCGUCGCCGCCGCUCAACAACAACGACGCCACGCCCACGGACUUCUCGAUGGUGAAGAACAACCACCUGUCGACGAAGGUGGAGGGCAACGGGGUGCACGACGAGAACAGCCUCGUCGAGGGCAAUAUCAAGUGCGAGCCGUUGGAGCUGACCGGCGGCAACGGCGGCGGCAACGCCGGCAACAACGAGGACUCGUCGGACUCCGGCGCCGCGGCGUCGGACCGGCCGCCCGCGUCCGCGAGCAGCAACGAGCACGAGCCGGAGCCGGAGCACACGUCCGCGCAGAACUUCCUGCCGGAGAGCAAGCUCUUCACGUCGACGCCCGGCAGCUUCAACUUCAGCAUGGCGGCGCUCACCACCGAUCACACGCCGUUGUCAGUGAAAUUUCCAGGGCUGGGCCACGGCUUGCAGACACCGGAUCUAGCGGGCACCUCGCAAGGUCUGUUGGCCGGCAGCGGCGCGAGCGAUGAGUUUCGAUGCGAGCCGUGCAACAAAAACCUGACCUCCCUAACGCGGUUGAAGCGGCACAUACAGAACGUGCACACCAGGCCCAGCAAGGAACCGAUCUGUAACAUCUGCAAGCGGGUUUACUCCAGUCUAAACAGUCUACGCAACCACAAGAGCAUCUACCAUCGACAGCACAACAAAAGCGAGCAGCAGAGAAAGGAAGUAGCGCAGGCCCGCGAGUGGCAGAGAGACCAGAGAGAACACACCGAGAGAAAUUACUCUGCGCAGCAACAGCAGCAGCAGCAGCAGCAGCAGCAGCAGCAGCAACAACAGCAGCAACAGCAACACCAGGCUCAACAACACCCGCGAAUGGGAUGAGAUUGCUCACCGUUUGUUCCCUUCGCUUUCUCUCUCUCUCCCUCUGUCACGAAUCUUUUAGUGACCAGGGUGUACCGGAUGUUCACGCGACACAGGCGUUUGUUGUCGUUAUCGAUACGGAUUAAGAUCCGACGCGACCCGGAAUUUUGGGAUCGCCGGCGAUUAAAAUACGCAUUUCUCGCUGCACAGCGAAAUAUAUAGGUCGACGGAUUCGAAACGUAGAAAUCUCGGUUUUCUUCGUUCGUUAUACCGUAUUCGAACACUAAUGAGGAAGACAGGCAGUUCCAACUGUUCAAAGUGCGAAAGAAAGCCGAUCGAUCAUACGAUUGUUUUGCGACUUGAUGUGAUCUAGCGUAACGUUAAUGACUUGUCGCAGAGUAGCGUAGAGGAAUCACAAACGAGUUGAAUCACUUGAGUCGGUAGCGUGUCGAUGAAGCAGAUUUGAUCGGUUUCUAAUGCGAACGUACCCCGGAUAGUUUUCUAUCGUCGUUCGAGGGACGCACUCGCGACAAAGUAGUCGUCUGUGGAACAUAAUGCGCCUUCGUUUGUGACGAUCGGUGAAAUGCAGGUCGAACGAGCGACGUCUUGAAGUAAAAUGCGUAGCCGAGAAGGUGAUUCAGGUAUGUCGCCUCAUGAGCAGACGAGCGACAACGCGCAUUGAUAUUUUUUACGACGAAUGAUCUGCAGCACUUGUAAAUAGCGUUGCGACACGAGUGAAAGAUCGGGCCGAAGGUCCGCGUGUAUUAGAAUCUGAGCGAUUACUUAUGUGAUAGGCAUAACUCUUUCGAUUUUCGACAAGGGCCACGCGAUUUGUUGUUAUUUUUAUAUAUUAUUUAUGUGACGAGCACACACGAUAAUUGCAGACAAGUUCUGUUUUCUGUUUAUCGCCCUACGUGGCGAUACAAGGAAAGGUGCGGUACAAAAACGGGAUAAUAAAAUAUUAUUUAAUGUAUCUAAUUUAUUCGUAAUAUUCCUUCAGACAAGGCAAUUAUAAUUCGAUAAAGUAGUGAGCCCUUUUCCCUCCGUUCUCCUUAAUUUUCCUUCUUACCCGAUACAAUGCUCGUCCUUUGUUCUUUCCUUCAUACCCUAUAUCCACGACAGAGGAUUCUUUGCUGUGAUUUAGCAAUAAGAUUUCGUUUUCAAGGAUUUAAAAUAUAUACUUGCAUCACGACACACGCGUCGUCCAAUUCUAUCAAUUUAUUCAGCGCUAUUUGCAGAAUUGAUAAGUCUUCCGCGAUUUUCACACGGAAAAUUAACAUUUUUAUACUUUUAUGUCACUUUAAUUUCAAAUUUCUAUAAUUUAUUGAAUCGGAAAUAAAAUGUAUAAAUAUGUUGCAGAAGCUUAAUUGAUUUUUGCACAAUUGUGUUUGCGCCCAUCACGUUUGUAUAGGGUUUACUUGUUAAAAUAUUCAUUUUACCUUAGGCUGGUUUACUUAAACCUGUAUAUAGCGUAAACGCGAGAAUUAAUAUCGAUAUUUUCAAGUGCAAGUGGGAGAAGCAUCCGUAAAUUAUAAGUAUUGUUAUUUAUCAUAGUUUUUUCAGAUUGUUCCACGUUUUGAUGCUUUACUUUGUGCAUGCACAUGUAUCAGCAUUUACACGGUGUUUCUGUAUUAUUAUUAAUUACAAUUUUCAAGCAAUGUGUUCUUAUUAUUUCAGAUUACUCAAACACACUCGCGUUUAAGAAACAUUAUUGAAAAAAAAUUAUGGAGAAAAAUUGUUCAAGUUGUGUGUCAGCAAGUAAACAAGACGCGCAUUAAAAGAUUAUAAUCGCUAAAAAUAAACGGCACAUCUAUUGACACAGAACGUAUACAUGCGUGUGCGUGCGUGCGUACGUGCGUGCGUGCGUGCGUGCGUGCGCGCGUGUACCCAUAUUAAUGUAUUUUCGCUUACUUGUCGUAUUUUUGGGGAAGGCACGUUCAUUUCUGGACAUACCGUCCUUUCUCUUACUUAUAAAUGAAAGAAAUAAAUUUUUCAUCAUCCGAUGUUAUCAUUAUAUAUCUUUUCUAUUUGAUGUGUUGUAGUAGUUGUUAUCGCCAUUAACAUUUUUCUCUAUCGGCAAGUUUUCAUAUUAUUGUUGCUGCUGCUAUUGUCACUCCUGCUACUAUUGCCUCUACUAUUACACUCUCUACUGUGACCGUUACUAUUAUUUUAUAUAUAUAUAUAUAUAUAUAUUAGUUACCGUUACCGUCGUCGCCUCUACUGUUGACACCACAGAUACCACCCUUUUUCCAUCGAAAGUCAGUUAAUAUGCCGGAAGAAAGUGGCACGUUUACUUUUACAGCUCGGAGAAAGGUAUGUGCGGACAUUUCGUUGCUUGUUAAGCUCGCUUGGAAUACCUUUUUCUCUCAUCGGGCAUCGUUUCCAUUUCACUCGGUACCCCGUCGUAAAUGUUCAUAAAUUACGAUAAGUACGCAAGGAAGUAUAAUUUAUCGCCUUAUCAAUCAUUUCUGGAUUUCU